GAGAAAUAUAAUAAACACCAAUGAACGAUGACUAAGGAAUUCCGAGUGGGCGAGCGACGCCACUGAAAAAUCGGAACGUAUAAAACCGAGUGAAGCCUAAAAUUUUCUUAGUUUACAUUGGGAUUGUAUUCCCGAUUAUCAGACGGUUGUGCCAGGUGAUAGAGUGUAUUUUUAACACUUUUUUUCAAAAAGAACAAAAAAAAAAAACAAAAUGCCAGGCCCUUCAAGACCCCUAUGGCAAGUUGCCGGUAAACGCGAUCCUGAACAAGAACGCGAAGCCCAAGCAUGGAUUGAGGCUGUUACGGGAAUGAAGUUUCCUCCGGGCGUUCCUUACGAAGACGUUCUUAGAGACGGAAUUAUCCUUUGUCACUUGAUGAACCGUUUACAACCUGGUAUCAUCCAGAAAAUCAACACCACCGGCGGAGAUUACAAAAUGAUGGAUAACUUAAAUCAAUUUCAAAAAGCAUGUGUCAAAUAUGGUCUAUCUGACGUAGAUCUUUUCCAAACUACUGACCUGUGGGACAAAAAGAACAUCGCUUUAGUUACAACUACCAUUUUCGCCAUAGGUCGUACCUGUUAUAGACACCCAGAGUGGCGAGGUCCUUUCUUAGGUCCCAAGCCAUCAGAAGAAAACAAAAGAGAAUUUAGUGAACAACAACUUAGGGCCGGAGAAGCCAUCAUAGGGUUACAAGCCGGACAAAAUAGGGGCGCUACUCAAGCCGGACAAAACUUUGGUGCUUCCAGGAAGAUUAUUUUGGGAAAAUAAGAAUUUAAUUUUAACGAAAUGUUAUAGUACCUGUACGAUUUAUGCAAAUUUAAAUUGGUAAACUAAAUUUUUCUAUGUGAAUUAACUUUAAUGAGCUUAUUUUUCAGUAGUAGUUCACUCAUGACUAUAUUUCGUAUAGUGUAAUAUAUUUUCGUUUAGUUUUAUUUAAUGACUUUGGAACCCGCAUCUUUGUACGCAUAGUCAUAACCAUUUUAGUAACUUGGAAUUUAUGAAAAAAUAAAUUACACAAAUAUCUGAGAUUUGAGAAAAAAAAACAAAUCAAAGUAAUUUUAUACUAAAAAUAUUUAUAAAACUUGUGUUUGUCACAAGUCAAAUAGAAUAAUUUUUUAAAUAUUCUGUUCAUCAUGUUUUCGCAGUCAUUACUUAGACUUUUUGGUCUCUUUAUCUAACAUGUAAUAAUCGACAAGGAACGAAAUACAUACACUGGAUCAUGUAACGGAACAGUUCUAUUCGAGGUUAUGUUUUGUAACUGUAGAUAGUAGUUCCUAAAAGUUUUUAUUUUUGUGAAAACUCGUUAAUAAAAUUGUUUUUUUUA